AUCACGCCAAGAAAGCUGUUGCGACUUUUUGUCUUCUCUGAGCAACAAAAAUGACUUCAAUUUAGUGCUGUUGGGAAACACGAGUCCACAAAUUUCGAAUUUAAAUGCAACCUAGUCCAAUUUUCUCUUGCAUUUCCUUUUUUAAAUUUUGUAUUUCAAAUAGUUACUGCAUAGUCGCAGCAUUAACUUUUAGCUAGCUUUGCUGCUUGAUUGAUGGUGGCAUUUCAUUACCAACAAAUUGCCAUUUGUGUAGCCGGUUUUGUUAAUUUGAGUAAAGAAAAUCUUCAAUAAUUGCCGAUACCUUUUGAUAAAUUUGGAGAAAAAGAUUUCUUUAAAGAAUUAAUCUUUAUGCUUCACGAGCCAGCUUAAAGCUACAUUUUUAAUUUAUUUCAUUUUAUUUUUGGCAAAGACUGAUUUUUUUUCUGGGGUUGGGGAAAAAUGAUGCGGUUGGUGGCCGGGGGUAGACAGGCGGCGCACAAAGGCGGCGUUGGUGGAAAUGCAACCAUUGGUUUCUCCAAAAGAUGGGUUUGUGUCUUGUGCAUUGCGAGCUUUUGCUUGGGAGUAAUUGUUGUCAACAGGUUCUGGACCGUGCCUGAUUUGGACGAGUCAAACAUGAUUGCAAAAUCUGUUGAAAAGCGUGGGCCUAGCGAUGUUCUUCCUUCUAUUAAGUGUGGCGAGAAACAUGAAUCAUUUAGUAAAGAAAACAUCUGGUUGGACUCUCAGGAUACUGUGGAUGUACUUUCUCAAGUUUCAAGAACUCAUGAUGUGAUCGCGACAUUAGACAAAACAAUAUCUUCAAUAGAAAUGCAACUUGCAGCUGCAAGAGCAGCAAAAGCUGAGAUUAAUGAGAAAAAACAUAACAAUGGAAAGUCGAGUGAUGGGUCAUCAAAUAACCGUCCUAAGGUAUUCUUUGUCAUGGGAAUCAUUACUGCAUUUAGCAGCCGAAAAAGGAGAGAUUCUAUUCGUCAAACAUGGAUGCCUCAAGGUGAACUUUUGAAGAAGCUGGAGAAAGAGAAAGGAAUAAUCAUUCGGUUUGUGAUUGGGCACAGUGCUACGCCUGGUGGAAUUUUGGAUAGAACAUUAGAUGCUGAAGAAGCACAGCACAAGGAUUUUUUGCGAUUGAAUCAUGUAGAAGGAUAUCAUGAAUUGUCCUCAAAAACUCAAAUUUACUUCUCAACGGCUGUCGCUAAGUGGGAUGCCAAUUUCUAUAUCAAAGUAGAUGACGAUGUGCAUGUCAAUAUCGGUAUACUAAGUUCACUGUUGUCCCACCACCAAUCAAAACCUCGUAUUUACAUCGGCUGCAUGAAAUCUGGCCCUGUCCUUGCACAGAAAGGAGUAAAGUACCAUGAGCCCGAAUACUGGAAAUUCGGGGAGGAGGGAAACAAGUAUUUCAGGCAUGCAACGGGCCAAAUUUACGCAAUCUCCAAAGACUUGGCCACCUAUAUAUCCAUUAAUCGGCACAUACUUCAUAGAUACGCAAACGAAGAUGUAUCACUCGGGUCUUGGUUUAUUGGUCUUGAUGUCGAACAUAUUGAUGAACGGAGCCUAUGUUGUGGGACCCCGCCUGAUUGUGAGUGGAAAGUACAGGCCGGAAAUCCUUGUGCAGCAUCAUUUGAUUGGAGCUGUAGUGGCAUAUGCAAGUCGGCCGAGAAAAUGGAGCAAGUUCAUCAGCUAUGUGGCGAGGGUGAUGAGGCAAUUUGGUACUCCAAUUCUUGAAAAUCGACACAUUAGUCAUAUAUAUAGCAAAUGACUAAAAUAUUUGUGCAUAGUUUUUAAUGAUGAACAUGUUCAGGUAUCUAAUCACCAUUCUGCACCCAUUUUUUUUGCCUAGUUUAACAUAUGGGGACACAUGGUUUAUACACCACUAAUUUAAUUUAAUUAUCGAUUUCGACUUGUGAUUAAUUGCAAAUGCUUUUGCUUUUUCUGGAGGUCACUCGUGUGAGAGAAGUAGAAGU